AUGCAGCGAACUACGCCGACGUCGUCGGCGACGCCUACUUUUCCUCCCUUUUCCGUCGGCAUCUUCACCAACCCCAGCUCCUUCUCAAGACCAACCACGCGCGACGGCAGCAUCGAUCCGCUCCAUCCGCCGCCGCAUUCGCCGCCGCCGCCCAUUCCUACAUCUGGCCCCGUCAAGGAGUCUCGCAAGGCCUCGUUCUCGCGGAAGGCCUCGCUCUCCGGAAGCACGCGUCGGAGAGGCUCCUCUGUCGGCUCGACCGCUGCCUCGAAUCCCAAUGCCAUCGUGACCGACGCUGCGGCACCGCCAGCAUUGCCGGACUACGCGCUGCCCGCCGCCGCCAAGGUCCAGAGCCGUGAUAGACGGGACAUGGGAAGUGUCGACGACGGCGUCCGAAGUCCCGUCAGCCCAACCGGCGGCAGCAGCGGCCUCGCGAGCAUGAGCAGGACAAACACCGGCGCCGGGAGCUACUUCCCGCCCCCAACCCCCGUUGGGGUUCCAUCCUCGUUGAACGGCGCUGCGGCCGGCACUUGGCAGCAGAGCGAGGCGAGCAUGAUACACCAACAAAUCACCGACGUGGCCAACAAGAGAAUAUCAACCCUGGACUACCUGCGAAAGGCGCACGAAGGCCGAGUCUACUGGUUCAACACAUAUCUCUUCGAGCGGUCGGACCUGUCGCGGAUGCAGUGCUUCGACCCCCGAAAGCUCGCCCGCAAGGCGGCAAACUACCUCCUCCUCGGGCUCUCCAUCCCCACCAUCAACGACCUGUACUCGUCCACGCCGGUUGAGUUUCUGCGCUGCCUCAACUCGCUGCUGUCCGAGUUCGACUCCUUCCAACAGCUCCACGGCGACUCCUCGGCGGCCCUCGCCCGGGCCCGGCUGCCAACCAUGUUUCGCCGCCCCGGGGGGAAGUCGCGGCGCUCAACGUCCGCCGCAGAGAUGCACCUCGACGACUCGCACGCCGAUCUCCUCCCCGGCGAGGAAUACACGUACCUCCUGACGCCGGCGCUCCCCUUUGAGCCCGACUUUUUCGAGACGUUUGCCACGCUGUGCGACGUCUUGGUCGAUUGCUACUCGCGGUUCCUGGCAUUGGUUCCUACGCCGAGGGAGUGCUCUGCGCCGGUCGCAGAGCUCUUCACAAAGGUGGAUUCGAAGCUGCGCAAGAUUAUAGUACAGGGUGUGGUGAAGGAGUUUGAAGACCAUAGCAGAGGUCAUGUGAAGACGGAAGUGGCCAGUAUCGGCAAGGUGGUCCUGGGGGGGUUAAUGUGA